GAAUUGCAACUUGUCCUCCAGGCCCUCCAGAUCACCAUGGAGGGGACGGCUCUCUAUUUCAUGGCUGCCCUGGUGGUCUCUUUCCCAGCUGCUUCUCACAGCCAGCUCUACUCCCUCAUCACACCUAAUGUUCUGCGGGUAGACAGCCAAGAGAAAAUUGUGGUGGCAGCUCAAGGACUCAGCUCACAAACAGAUGUCUUAGUCACUGUCCAGCAUUUUCCAGAAAAGAGAAAUAUUUUAUACCGAGUGACGGCUACUCUGAGCAAAGAAAAUGGCAUGUUGGCAACUCCUGUCAUAAAGAUUAAUGCUAAAGAUAUGAAGAUGGAAUCAAAGCAAGCACAGUAUGUGCUUGUUCAGGCCAGCUGUUCCCAAUUUACACUGGAGAAGGUGGUUCUGGUUGCUAUACACAGUGGCUAUAUCUUCAUCCAGACAGAUAAAACCAUCUACACACCUGGAUCUCCAGUGCGCUAUCGUAUCUUUCCUGUGGAUCACAGCCUGGAACCUAUGAAGAAACCUGUGAUUGUCGAGUUUGAGACACCUGAAGGCAUUGUUGUCAGCCACACUCAGUUGCACUCUGCUUUGAAAGCAACCCAGCCUUACAAUUUACCUGAGAUUGUCAGUUUGGGUACCUGGAAGAUUGUAGCCAAGUAUCAAGACCUUCCACAGCAGACCUUCUCUACACAGUUUGAAGUCAAGGAGUAUGUAUUACCAAGCUUUGAAGUCAUACUGGAACCAUCAGAGAAGUUUUUCCAUAUUGAUGACAACAAGAAUUUCACAGUGUCCAUCACUGCAAGGUUCCUCUAUGGGGAGAACUUAGUUGGUGUGGCCUUUGUCCUCUUUGGAGUGAAAACGGAUAAUGCAAAAAUGAACAUCCCAAACUCACUCCAGAGAAUUCAGAUUGAUCAAGGGGUUGGGGAAGCUGUCUUAUCAAGAGCCAUGCUACAGAACCAAUUUCAAGACCUGAGAGAGCUCAUUGGGCAUUCUCUCUAUGUCUCUGCCACGGUGAUGACCGAAUCUGGCAGUGACAUGGUGGUGACAGAGAAAACUGACAUCCGUAUUGUGACAACUCCCUAUGAGAUCCAUUUCACAAAAACCACCAAGUACUUCAAGCCAGGGAUGCCCUAUGCAGUUAUGGUAUAUGUCACAAACCCUGAUGGCUCUCCAGCUUCCAAUGUACCUGUGACAGCAGAACUGCUUGAAGAUCGUUCACAGAGGGAUACUGCAACUACUUGGAGUGAUGGGACUGCCAAAUUUACCCUGAACACUCUCCAAAACCAGAAAACACUAAGUGUUGCUGUAAAAACCAACCAUGAGAGACUCCCAGAUAAACAACAGGCCAACAAGACUAUGGUGGCUACAGCCUAUGAAACCCAAGGGGGAUCAAGAAACUUUCUUCACAUAAGUGUCCAAGAUACAGAGGUCAAAGCUGGAGACAAGUUAAACAUUCAUUUUGUCUUGAGCAACAGUCAAGUAUCAUCAACGUGUAUAACGUAUAUAAUUUUGAAUAAAGGGAAAAUACUUACAGCUGGAAGGCAGUCCAGAACAACGGGGCAGAGUCUGGUUUCCUUUUCUCUGCAUAUCACCCCAGAUUUCAUCCCUUCCUUCCGCGUUGUGGCAUAUUAUGAAGUAGGAAGCACUGAGAUCGUAGCCGACUCCAUCUUGGUGGAUGUGAAAGAUACCUGCAUGGGAAAGCUGGUUGUGGAAGGGGCGACUGAGGCAGACAAUAACAUUCACCAGCCAAAAGAUAAAGUGACCAUCAAGUUGACAGGUGAUGCAAAUGCCGAUGUUGGUCUUGUGGCUGUGGACAAAGGAGUCUAUGUCCUAAAUCAAAAGCACAAGUUAACCCAAACUAAGAUAUGGGACACCAUUGAGAAAAGUGACAUUGGAUGUACAGCUGGCAGUGGCAGAAACAACCUAGCUGUCUUUGCAGAUGCUGGACUGGCCCUUGUGACCAAUCAACAGAUUUCCACAACUGUAAGAUCAGAUCCAAAGUGCCCUCAAACUGCAAAACGCAAGAAACGCUCCAUUCAACUCAUUGAGGUGAAGGCAAGCAAAGUGGCCCAGUAUGAGGAUCGGGUCCUACGGAAGUGCUGUGAAGAUGGGAUGUAUGAUAACCCCAUGGGGUACAGCUGUGAAAAGCGUCAAGAGUAUAUCCUUGAGGAUACUGCUUGCAAGAACGCGUUCUUGGAAUGCUGCCUCUUUAUCAAAAGCAUCCGGGAUGAAAAGCAACGGGAAGAACAUCUCAUACUGGCACGAAGUGACUUUGAGGAAGAAUUCUUAUCAGAAGAAAACAUCAUGUCCAGGACUGAGUUCCCAGAAAGCUGGUUGUGGCAAAUGGAAAAGCUGCCUCCUAACAGUCAAGGGAUCUCAUCCAAGACACUGACUUUUUACUUGAAAGACUCCAUCACAACCUGGGAGGUGUUGGCUGUGAGCAUGUCAGACACAAAAGGAAUCUGUGUGUCUGAACCUUAUGAGAUAAGAGUAAUGAAGGACUUCUUCAUUGAUCUACGGUUGCCUUACUCAGUAGUAAGGAAUGAACAAGUGGAGAUUCGGGCCAUUCUCUACAACUAUGCAUCAAGGGAUAUUACGGUGCGGGUAGAUCUAAUGCACAACCCAGCAAUCUGUAGCGCCUCUACCGCCAGGAACAAAUACUCUCAGAUAAUCUCCAUCAAAGCCAAGUCUUCCCGAAUGAUGCCAUUUGUGAUCGUUCCACUGCAAUUGGGAGAGUAUGACCUUGAGGUCAAAGCGGCUGUCCGAGGCGUGUUUUUGGCUGAUGGUGUAAAGAAGAAGCUGAAAGUUGUGCCUGAAGGAGAGCUGAAAAGGCUUGUAAAAACAAUUCAGUUGGAUCCAGUUAAGCAUGGAAUUGAUGGAGUCCAGGAAGUGGCGAUUCGGUCCAAUGAUUUAGGAGAUAUUGUUCCCAAUACAGAACCAGAUACCAAAAUUAGCAUUAUAGGAAACCCCGUGGCUGAGUUUACUGAAUACUCCGUGGAUGGGACCAAACUGGACAAGCUUCUUAUUGUCCCUUCUGGCUGUGUAGAGCAGAACUUGCAGAAAAUGACACCUACAGUGAUUGCCACCCACUACCUUGACAGCACUGGGCAAUGGGAUAAGAUUGGACUUGAACGAAGAACUUUUGCAGUCCAGCAGAUCAUGAAGGGUUAUACACAACAACUGGCAUACAAGAAACAGGACCACUCCUAUCCUCCUUAUAGCGGCAGCAAGUCCAGCACUUGGCUGACAGCAUAUAUUGCCAAAGUUUUUGCCAUGGCUUCCAAACUAGUAUCAGGUAUUGAUCACAAUGUCCUCUGCGGAUCUGUGAAAUGGCUGGUUCUGGAGAGGUUAAAACCAGAUGGAAUGUUUGAGGAAAAAGCUCCUGUGUCAUCUUCCGCAAUGACGGGAGGCUAUCGAUAUGGUGAACCAAAAGUCUCAUUAACAGCCUUUGUCUUGAUUACAUUGUUGGAGUCCAGAGAUAUCUGCAGUUCUCAGAUCACUAUUUUAGAGAAAAGCAUCAAGAUGGCCAGUAACUACAUAAACCAAUAUUAUGAGUCCUUGAAACACCCUUACACUGUGGCUCUCGCAUCCUAUGCUUUAGCUCUGGCAGGUGUGCUGAACAGUGAAGAAGUACUCAUGAGAGCAUCCACAGACAGGAAUCGGUGGGAAGAUAAUGAUGGUAGCAUUGCCACCGAAGGUACCUCUUAUGCUCUACUGACCUUAAUGAAAUUGAAGAAGUUUGAAGAUGCUGGCCAUGUAGCUGAAUGGCUGAUAGGUCGCAAUCAUUAUGGAGCAACUUACGGACAUACUCAGUCAACCAUCAUGGUGUUCCAAGCUCUUGCCCAGUACAAAAUUGAUUUACCAUCCUCUAGGGACCAGAUUAUGGAUGUUUCUUUUCUAUUGCCACAACGUUCUGCUCCAGUCACUUUUAGAAUUGACCAAAAAAACUCUCUGUUAGCCAGGACAACAGAGACCAAGCUGAAUGAACAAUUUACUGUGCAAGCAAGAGGUCAAGGAGAAGCAACUGUAACAGUCUUGACUAUGUAUUAUGCACAAUUAAAGGAGAAGAAAGUUGUGUGCAAUAAUUUUGAUCUGAAGGUUUCUGUUAAAGAAAUCGAGUUGAGUGAGAAGCAGACAAAGGGAGCUCUGGGAGCAAUUGAGAUGAAAAUCUGUGCCAGGUACCUUGGUGAAAUAGAUGCCGCAAUGACAAUGAUUGAUGUUUCCAUGCUCACUGGUUUUAUUCCUGAUACUGAAGAACUCAAGAGGCUUUCUGAAGGAGUCGACAAAUAUAUCACUCAAUUUGAAAUAGACAACAUCAAGUCGGAAAAAGGGAACCUCCUCCUCUAUUUGUACAAGGUUUCCCAUACACAGGAUGAAUGUCUGCAGUUUAAAGCAUACAAGCAUUUUGAAGUUGGUUUCCUUCAGCCAGGAUCAGUUAAGAUCUACAGUUAUUAUGCUCUAGAUGAGCAGUGCACCAAGUUCUACCACCUAUCCAAAGACAGUGCUGUCUUCAGUAAGUUGUGCCAAGGUGCUGUUUGCCAGUGUGCAAAUGAAAACUGCUACAAGCGCUAUGAGGCAGAUGACCCUGUCAACGUUCAGAAGCGAAUAAAUGAAGCUUGCAAGCCAGGAGUGGAUUAUGUGUACAAAACCAGGCUGAAUCGAACGGAAGAAGCAAAUGGAUUUAUUGUCUACCUCAUGGAAGCACUGGAGGUUAUUAAAAGAGGCAAUAACAUAAAUCCACAAAGUAAUAUCCUCACAUUUUUCAGUCCCAUAAAAUGCAAGGACUCUUUGCAUCUAGAGGAGAACAAGGACUACCUGAUCUGGGGUCUUGACAGUGACAUGUGGUCUACAAAGGAAGGGUACAGCUACUUCAUUAGCAAGGACACCUGGAUCGAGAAGUGGCCAAACAAUGAUGAAUGCCAAGAUGAAGAAUACCAAGACCUAUGCAAUCAAUUCAUUGAGUUCUCCACUGUAAUGAACUUUUUUGGCUGUCAGGCCUAACUUCAGAAGUGCCAUUUGCUCUGGGGAUGACUUUCUUCCCAAAGUUUCAACUUCAUAUAAUUGUUACUCUUCCAUUUUCCCAUCCUGUGGUUUAUUUAAUAAACCAAGACUUGAUUUCUUA